CGGGAUUUAGGGAACGCGCAUGAAGAACUCGCCUCCGAGGUUGGCAGGAAGCGGGAGCGCGCCCCCGGCCGGUGCCGAGCGGUUGUGAGCGCGCUGCGGGGAAAGGGAGCGGAGACCGGAGAGAGUUCCACAGUGUCUGGAAGAAGCUGUAAAGCCGAUGUAUAAUGACUGCGUAAUUCAGAGAAAGUGACAUGUGAAGGAUUACAAGAUCUGCUGCCUUUUGUAGUCCUAUUCCUGCCCCCGGUUAUCACGGUAUGAUUCUGAAGGGCCUUUCAGGAUGAUUGAAGAAAGCGGCCGGCGCAGGAGGACGAUGGCGGAGAAGCGACAGCUCUUCAUGGAGAUGAGGGCGCAGAACUUUGACGUGAUUCGGCUCUCCACCUACCGGACGGCGUGCAAGCUGCGAUUUGUACAGAAGAGAUGUAACCUUCACCUGGUGGACAUCUGGAACAUGAUUGAGGCGUUCCGGGACAACGGUCUGAACACGCUGGACCACAUGACGGAGAUGAACGUGUCGCGGCUGGAGACCAUCAUCUCCUCCAUCUACUACCAGCUCAACAAACGCCUCCCGUCCACCCACCAGAUCGGGGUGGACCAGUCCAUCAGCCUCCUGCUCAACUUCAUGAUCGCCGCCUACGACAGUGAAGGACACGGGAAGCUGACAGUGUUCUCGGUGAAGGCGAUCCUGGCGACCAUGUGUGGCGGGAAGAUCCUGGACAAGUUGAGAUAUAUCUUCUCCCAAGUGUCCGACUCCAGCGGCUUCAUGGUCUACGCCAAGUUCGACCAGUUCCUGAGGGAAGUGUUAAAGCUUCCGACCACGGUGUUCGAGGGCCCGUCCUUCGGGUACACGGAGCACUCUGCGCGGUCCUGCUUCCCCCCGCAGAAGAAGAUCACCCUGAACAUGUUCUUAGACACCAUGAUGGCCGACCCCCCUCCGCAGUGCCUCGUCUGGUUACCUCUGAUGCAUCGUCUCGCCCAUGUAGAAAACGUCUUCCAUCCUGUGGAGUGCUCCUUCUGCCGCUCGGAGAGUAUGAUGGGUUUCCGCUAUCGCUGCCAGCAGUGCCACAAUUACCAGCUGUGCCAGAGCUGCUUCUGGAGGGGCCACGCCAACGGGCCGCACAGCAACCAGCACCAGAUGAAGGAGCACUCCUCCUGGAAGUCGCCGGCGAAAAAGUUGAGUCACGCGAUCAGUAAAUCCCUUGGCUGCGUCCCCAGCAGAGAACCGCCACAGCCGGUGUUCCCAGAGCACCCGGAGAAGCCGCUGGACCUCUCCCAUAUAGUCCCGCCUCACCCUUUAUCCAACAUGAACGAUGCUAUGGUCACUCACAUCUCAUCCGGUGCCCCGACGCCCACUAAAAGGUCACCGCACAUCAUGGACAUUGGCAGCCGCCUACCAGACGAGCAUGCCCUGAUAGCGGACUAUGUGGCCCGGCUCCGCAAUGACACACGUGUGUUGGACAGUCCUAGCCGGCUAGACGAGGAGCAUCGUCUGAUCGCUCGCUACGCCGCCAGACUCGCCGCUGAGGCCGGGAACUCUCCUCGACCGCCCACUGAGCUCAGCUUUAACUUCGACGCCAACAAGCAGCAGCGACAGCUGAUCGCCGAGCUGGAGAAUAAGAACCGAGAGAUCCUGCAGGAGAUUCAGCGGCUGCGUCUGGAGCACGAGCAGGCGUCCCAGCCCACCCCGGAGAAGGCGCAGCAGAACCCCACCCUGCUGGCCGAGCUGCGGCUGCUGCGGCAGAGGAAGGACGAGCUGGAGCAGAGAAUGUCAGCUCUUCAGGAGAGCCGCAGGGAGCUGAUGGUGCAGCUGGAGGGGCUGAUGAAGCUGCUGAAGGCACAGGCAGCCGGAUCUCCUCAUUCCUCCCCGAGCCAUGGUGCCAAUCGCUCCAUGCCUAUGCCAGUGCGCUCCACGUCGGCCGGCUCCACCCCGACCCACGUACCUCAGGACUCCAUAGCCGGACUAGGAGAUGUACAAGAAGCCUUUGCACACGGUACCAGAAGGAAUCUACGGAGCGAUCUGCUGGUGGCUGCAGAUUCAAUCACUAACACCAUGUCCUCCCUGGUGAAGGAGCUGCACUCAGCCGAAGAUGGAGCCAACGAGGAAGAGCAAAAGACAGAGAAGGACAGAGGUGAUGGGGGAUCUGUGGGGGGCUAAGUGACCCCAGCAGAAGAAGGAGGUGAUUGAAGUAAGUGUGUCGUCCACCUCCCCUCGCUCCGAGGCUCCCGGCGGUGGACGGAGCAGUAACUGCAGCUCUUUCCCUGUUCCAGGCACAGAGCGCCCCCUAUAUCCAUGUAAUUUAUGAAAACACAAAAGCCGCAUUUCAACAGCCAGCAGAGACGUGACCGGCCGGGGGAGCCCGGUUACUGCAUGCUCGGUUCUGGAUGUAACAUAAAACAUGCUGCGUGUUACUGGGCCAUGUACCAUCAUGUCGGAGGCUGGAGGCAUCGCGUGUGUGUGCGCCCGUCAUGGGUGAAGAGGCUGAGACACUGUGACUGCACAUGGCUGCAGCGCCCUCUAGCGCUGGACACGUGACUGACCCCCCUGCCAUCUUGUGUUCUUCAUAUGGACUGAGCACACGCGGGAGGACCCGUGUUCUGCGGUGUCUAUGCUCCGCGGAGAGACGGUACAUUUCAUGUCCAAUGUUUACAGAUAAUAAAUGUCUGUCUGUCUGUC